AUGAGAAACAACAUUUAUCGAGUGAACUCGGUUCAAAAAGAUAAGACUUUCGAUCAAUUUUCCCACGAUUUAACUCUUGCUUUGGAAGAAACCUCAAGGGGAGGCGCAGGAAGCCGAUGGGGAAUACGUAGACGAACAAGAUCAACCGGAAAUUUACCAUGUCCGCCGCAACCAACUGAGGACAGUUCAAGCACAGAUCCGAAUGAUCCUUUAAAUGACACAAAUAACAACGACAGCAUUGCACCAGGAAACAGCAACUCUAUGCUGAGUGACUCAGAUGAUCGGCAAUCUUAUGCCCUUGCAUUUAAAUUACGACAAACACCAAUGAGUGGCAACUUUGAGUCUGAUUCCCUCAAUGAAAAUUUCAGCCCUUCAAAGCCAAAUAUUCGACGAAAGAGAAAAUUCAAACGAAUGGCAGUCGAAUAUGAAACUACACCAUCAACUCCACACACAACAAUCCAUCCAAUAUUUCCUGUCAGUGGUGUCGUGAAGAAAAGAGUUCUGAAACAUAAUCAGGAAAAUUUCCGAGCAAAUUUAUUCUUCGGCAAGAGAAAACGACCACAUCGUGAACGUCAUGCAGAUUAUGAGUCUUAUAAACAUUCAAGCAGUGUUCCUCGACAAAGAGGCGGCUUCUUUUCACAAAAAGACGGAGGAAUUUCUUACUCGGAAUACAAAAGCCGUAAUCGAGCUUCAUCGAUGUCUACUGCAAGAUCGUCAGCCGUGGAAAAGAUUUUGCCAUUGAACAAUUGUAUUGUGUCAAAAAUUGAAAAAAUCUCACAAGAUUCACAAAAUAAGUUAAACUUUAGUUUCAAUUCAUUGAAAUCUGUGACAUCGGCUAACAGUUUCAAAAUGGGAAGUACUACGACACCAAUUGUUCAUUUUACGCCAUCAUUUGCCUCUGGUAGUGAAAGUGUUGCGAUUUUUGAAACUUUUAAAAGUCCACCAAGUAACGAAGUUGCAUCGUCAAUUAUUCGAGAAGUGAAUGAGACAAACAGCGCAUUACAAGCAAAAAUGGCUCACAAAUCUGAUAGCUUUGAAUCGGCUUUAACAAACAGUUUUAGCUUCAGUAAAGUUGAGCAUAAGAAGAAAAUGCGACACAUGGGAAAUCAUCAAGCAGACAGAAGGAACAAACAAAAAAGAAAACUUAAACUUCAAUUUGAUGAUCAGCAUUUUAUGGAUUGUGGAAAUAUCAACGACUUCUUAAGCUCAAGUUCUUUGAGUAGCAGUGAUAGUGAAACAGAAGAAACAAAUGAAAGCGAUCAUGAAGGUGAUGACGAGUUAACAGACUGGCCAGGUCAUAACGAAGCAAUGGUAAACUUUGCUUCAAAGAAUGAGUUCAAACGUGCUUAUAAAAAAUCCACAAAAUUAUCACAAAUCAAACAAGAUGAUAUUAUUCAAGAUGAUGAUACAUUGAUGUCUGCUGAUGAGAUUCAGGUGCCUACAAUAGAGAAUAUGACGAUUCAAAUGAACACUACAAAUCCACAAAAUCAGCAACAGCAAUUGACAGACACGAGAGUGCCGAAAUAUAAUAACGUGCCAUUAAUGAAGUCACAAGCAUCACAUCCGAUUAAUAUUGUUGGAGCUAUUAAUGAUAAUUUCAUGGCAGAUGGGAGUAGUACAAGUGGGGUGGUUGCUGAUGGUGGAUAUGGAAGUAGUUUGGCGAUGUCAUGCAACAACAAAAAGCCGAUUGAAAGUGAAAUGUCUGGCGAAACUUCAAAUCAUUUUCCAAACACAUUUGGGAUAAGCGAAAUUCGAGAAAUUCGUGCUGGGUGUCGAAGGAUAAGAGAAGAAAGGCCCGGAUUUUCCAUCAUAUCAAGCUUCAAUGAAGAUCUUUUAAAAUUUCUACAAGAUGAGCAACAAAAACUUUUAAAAAUUUUUGACAUUCAAGAACACGACAAGAUUUUGGAACUGGCUAAAUUGUAUUCUCUCAAUGUUCAUACAGAAAAUGGAUGCAUUACUCUUAAAAAGACAAGUUUUCAACAUUUUUUCUUUAAGAUUCUUGAAACUCUUGGUGCACCUCACAUUUCAUCGUUUGAUCACUUCCUUUCCGAAGGAAUACAAACUGUUAUUGCUAAUAUCGAUCCCUUUGAGUUUGAACUCUCAAAUGGAGAAAAAAUCAAGAUCCGGAUCGAAAAUUGUUCCAUUGCAAAACCACAAAUAAAUCAACAAAUUGAUGUAAAGGAACGAAGAUUCUUCCCAGCUGAAGCAAGACAAAGAGCUGUUACUUAUGGUGGUAAUUGUUUAAUGACACUUGCAUGGACAAAAAAUGAUGUAAAUCAAGGCACACUUGACUUUGACUUGGGCCAAGCUCCAAUUAUGAUUCGAUCACUCGCCUGUAACCUCAACAAACUCACACCAAAAGAAAUGGUUGAAAAACAUGAACAUGAAUCAGAUUGGGGCGGAUAUUUUGUAGUAAAAGGCAAUGAAAAGUUAAUUCGAAUGUUUCUGAUGACGAGAAGAAAUUAUCCGCUCUCUCUUAAACGAAGCACUUGGGUGAAUCGAGGUAAAUUCUUCAGCGAAUAUGGAAUCCUUAUAAGAACAACAAGCCUGGAUCAUACAUCAACUAACAACGUUCUUCACUUUCUUAAUAAUGGCACAGCAAAAAUGAUGUUCAGUCAUAAAAAGAUUUUAUCGUAUCUUCCCGUAAUGCUUUUACUCAAAAGCUUAAUGAGUUAUACCGAUGAGAAGAUCUUCAAUGACCUGAUGAGAGGAUAUGAAAAUGAUCUUUAUUUUAAGUCAUGUGUCCAAAACAUGUUGACGGAACUUCACAAGGAAAACAUUCACACUCACUACGAUUGCAAGAAUUAUCUCGGACAAAUAUUUCGUUCACGAUUCGAAAAACUGUCACCAUGGAGCACAAACGAAGAAGUUGGCGAAUAUCUCAUAAAAAAGACAAUCUUAAUUCACCUUGACAAUCCAUUCGAUAAAUACAAUUUGAUUGUGUUUAUGGUUCAAAAGUUAUUUCAAAUUGUUCAAGGCAAAUAUCGACACGAGUCAGCUGACAGUGUGAUGAUGCAGGAACUUCUACUUGGAGGUCAUUUAUAUCAAAAGAUUUUCAAGGAGUUUCUCGAGAAUUGGAUGUACAAUUUGAAGUUCAAUCUAAAUAAGAAAGUGCAGAACACUUCAUCAGCACAAAUAAAGUCGGUUGAUGUACAAACUGCUGGAAAAUAUUGCGGAAAUAUUCACAGAACGAUGGAAUAUUUCCUUGCAACUGGUAAUUUAAUGAGUAAAACAGGCUUGGGACUUAUGCAGAAUUCUGGACUUGUGAUUGUCGCUGAGAACAUCAACAGAAUGCGUUACAUGAGUCACUUUCGUGCUGUUCAUCGUGGAUCGUAUUUUGUUGAAAUGAGAACGACAGACGCUCGUCAACUUCUUCCUGACGCUUGGGGUUUCAUUUGUCCUGUUCAUACACCUGAUGGUGCACCUUGCGGUCUAUUAAAUCAUCUCACUGUUGAUUGUGUCGCUUCCAAAGACAUUUACCAUCGAAUGAAUCUGAAAGAAAUUCCAAAUGUUUUAACUGAAAUUGGAAUGGAGCCAAUUGAUUCGGAAUUAUUAACAGAUGCUUCAAAUUAUUACACAAUUCUCUUAGAAGGUUGUGUCGUUGGAUAUGUGAAUGAUAACAUCGCAAAAACAUUCACUGAUCGUUUGAGAGCUUUGAAAGUUGAUGGGAAACGAAUUCCAAACACAAUGGAAAUUGCGCUCGUGCCAAAGAAGGAAAACGGACAAUUUCCCGGAUUAUUUCUCUUCAUUGGUGCAGCAAGAAUGAUGCGUCCAGUUAUGAAUUUGAAAUUAAAUAAAAUAGAAAUGAUUGGAACGUUUGAACAAGUUUAUCUUGAUGUUGCUAUAAAGAAAGAAGAAAUUUAUCCCGGAGUGACGACACAUUUGGAGCUUUCACAAUUGUCAUUCAUGUCGAAUUUAGCGAACUUAAUUCCAAUGCCUGACAACAAUCAAUCACCACGUAACAUGUAUCAAUGCCAAAUGGGAAAGCAGACAAUGGGAACGCCUUGUCACAAUUGGUUUACACAAGCAGCAACGAAACUUUAUCGACUUCAAACACCAGCAACGCCACUUUUUCGACCAGUUCAUCAUGACAACAUUGAACUUGAUGAUUUUGCGAUGGGUACAAAUGCGAUUGUCGCUGUCAUUUCAUACACUGGUUACGACAUGGAAGAUGCAAUGAUUCUUAAUAAAUCAGCAUAUGAACGUGGAUUCGCACACGGUUCGAUUUAUCAUUCAGAAUUUUUUGAAUUGGAAGCUGAAAGUUACUUUGCUCGUGAUCCAAAGAAUCAGGAUUUAGUGAAAUAUUUGGAUAGUGAUGGAUUUCCACAUCCAGGGCAAAAGAUUGAAUCAGGUGAUCCGAUUUGUUGUCAUUAUGACGCUAAUGAGUCGAUGUUUAUUGUGCACAAACAUAAAGGAAAGGAAAUGGUCAUCGUGGAUAAUGUAAAGCUGCUUGGUGACAGUAACAAUGCUUAUGCACCUAAGAAAGCUUGCAUCACAACAAGAAUCCCACGAAAUCCUACAGUUGGUGAUAAAUUUGCGUCAAGAGCUGGACAGAAAGGAAUUUGUUCACAAAAAUAUCCCGCUGAAGAUUUACCGUUCACUGAAAGUGGAUUAAUUCCCGACAUCAUCUUCAAUCCCCAUGGCUUUCCAUCACGUAUGACAAUUGCUAUGAUGAUUGAAACAAUGGCUGGUAAAAGUGCGGCUGUUCAUGGUUUAGUUCAUGAUGCAACGCCAUUUAAAUUUAAUGAAGAAAAUACUGCGAUAAAUCAUUUUGGGGAACUUUUGAUGAAAGCUGGUUACAGUUACUUUGGCACUGAACGGUUGUACAGUGGCGUUGAUGGACGUGAGUUGAAAGCUGAGAUUUUCUUUGGCGUUGUACAUUAUCAAAGACUUCGUCAUAUGGUGUCAGAUAAGUGGCAGGUUCGAUCAACGGGACCAAUCGACACAAUUACUCAUCAACCAAUCAAAGGAAGAAAACGAGGUGGUGGCGUUCGUUUUGGUGAGAUGGAACGUGAUGCUUUGAUAGCUCAUGGAGCUUCGUUUUUGUUACAAGAUCGAUUGCUGCAUUGCUCGGACAAAACUGUGACUUUGAUUUGUAGACAUUGCGACAGUUUAGUGACACCAAUGGACAGAGUCUCAAAGAAGAAGAGUGAUAAAAGUAGUAUGGUGAGAUAUCGCGAGACUUGCGGCUUAUGCAAAAGAAACGACAUGAUUGACAUUGUUGAAAUUCCUUACAUCUUCAAACUUCUUGUUUCUCAACUUUGCGCAAUGAACAUCAACAUUAAAAUUAACUACAAAGAUUUGGUGUAAAUUCCUUGAGGUGAUUUUAUGUAAGUUGAAGAGAAUUUUAAUAAAAGAAAUCAAAUCGACAUUUGAUGAACAAUAA